AUGCCGAGCUUACACAGUAGUCCAGUGGACGACUUGGUUCGGCCUAGGUCUAAUACUGUUAAUACAACGAAUGGUGAUUGUCUUGGGAUCGGCAACACUCACAGCGGUAAGAAGAAUAGACAGAAUUUGGUAUUAUCAACUUCCUUUAUAUCUACCCAAAGACUGGAUAAUAAUGCUACAGAAUCUCCGGCUAGUCCAUUACAGGCUAGGCGACCUAGAACAAGUGUCAGUAAGGCUCUACUAGCGAUCAGAAAUGAGAUUGGUGAAUUACAGCAGCAAUUGGUUCAAGCUCGUAAAAAUAAGGAAGAUACUGAACGAAUACGUGACUCUACACCUUCCGAGAUCUACAAGGGUAUUUAUUCUACGGACCAUUUGCAUAAACACUCAAUGCGAAUUAGGGCGAACAGUCAGAUACGAGAACAGGACAAGACAAUUAGGAAAUUAGAGAGGCAGAUUGCUGAUAGAAAGCAACAGUAUGAGCAGGCUAAGGGAGCCAAGGAGUUGAGUGUUAGGAACAGUGAUAGACUGCAAGUCGAGCCGACGUUUAGCGCUUCUACUGGGCAAUGGGGCAAAUCGCAGGACGAUCUUGAUGAGCGAUCAGCGCUAGAUGAGGAUAGGAAACUAGUAGGAACAGAUACGCUUACUGGCGAAGAAGGAGAAGACGAAGAUGAGGAUGAUGUUGUUUUCGAGCACGUAAAUGAGCCCGAUGAGCAAACACCAUCUGAUGGUGAUGCGUCACCACUGCCGAAACGUGGAGCAGGUGAAGUUUCCAAUACCUCUCAUAUUGAGACCGCUACAUGGCUUGUCAGCGAUUACAUGCAAAGUUUACAGGAUACAAAUUUAACUCCGGAGUUCGUGGUGAAGAAGGCUAAUGGUCUCGUUUCAUUGCUCAAAGACCAACCAGAAAUUAGAACAAACUUGGUUUUAUCGUCAUUCAUGUCAUCAUUACAAAAUCUUUUACUUUGUGACAGCAAAACCAUUGCAUCAGCAGCAUAUCGUGUUUGCAGAUACCUCAUCAAUGAUGUGUCAUUCAUCGAAUGGUUGCUUCUUCUCCGCCUCGACUCCUUUAUAGUAAUAUCGUUGGCAAAAGACAACUCAUACCAAGUCGAGAGAGAACAAGCACUAAAACUCGUAAGAGCAUUUUUAGAUUAUGGUGCUGAGAUACCGAAAGGAAUAGUGCAAGCAAUUAUCAGCUGCGUUGAAAAACAAGAUGAUAGUCUAAGACACAUGGCAUUGGAAACACUUUUAGAGAUGUGUUUUAUUGAUCCUGACGUGGUCAACAAGUGUGACGGAAUGCGCGUACUGGAGGGUAUCCUACGAGAGUAUUCUCUUUUCCCGUUGGCGUCCAUCAUUCUAGACACCGUUUUUGAGUUGAUGUCUGUAAAUGCUACGAGAAAGUAUUUCCUAGGUGAUUUCAACAUAUCGGUGCUCACUUCAGUUUUCUCGGAUACAAAUACAAAAGAUUCAUUGAAUUUGGAGAGGAUGCAAAACGCUUCAGUUCUCAUUUCAAAGGCACUUAAAGACUACAACGGGCUCAUGCUUUUUUCAAUGGACAAUUUUAAGCCUUUGAAGGAACUCUUGUCAUUCUUUCAGGUACCUUUUUGUGCUCAAUUUUUAGUGGACAUCUUUCUGGAUGUCCUCCGCAUCAAAAAAAUACCAUACAAAGGUUCCAAAGGACCCUUUAAGUUGGUCGCAUCCCAUUUUGCCCACGAAUCAAUGCUUUUAAACCAGCAUGUUGCCCUGCUGGUACUCAUAAUGUAUCAAGGCGGCUUCAUAGAUCAGAUUGGCAAACUAAUCAGCAGGUAUGAGAAUGAUAAUAGUAGCUCGAUUUUGAUCUCUAAGGUAAGAUACUUGUUGAGCGAGUAUCUCAACCUGGCGAUGAAUCUUUUAACGACUGAUAUCUCAUUUGCAAACAAAGUAACUCCAGCAUGGAAGGUUUCUCAAUACAAUGAAGCAUUCGAGUUUGGAAAGAUAUCUUAUAGUAUGAACAAACAUCGAAAUACCUUAGGAAUGACAGGAAUAGACUAUGGCAAAAAUGUUAGAGAGUUCUCUCAAAGUAUGAAAGGGAAGGCGAUGGGACGUGAAGUUGAUGAUGCAAAGUUCAGAAAAAUGGUUUACGAUUCGAGAGUUUUGCAGACAAAGGAUUUCUCUAAAUGGAAUUGGAAUUUGAUAAUGGAACUUGUUGAAGGACCAUUGCUCAACGUGAAACAGCUCGAUGAGUUAGUAAAAUCCACGAAAUUUAUUAGAAGGCUACUGAUUUUUUAUCGUCCUCUCAGACUAAGAUUUUCAGCUAUUGACAAAGGAGCUCGUCUCUCUCAAAGGUAUAUCCAGGUGGGUUGUGAGUUCUUCAGAAUGCUAACCUCUACUUCAGUUGGGCUUAAGAUCUUAAUGGAUGACACUAAGAUCAUUUCUCAACUGGCACUACUACUAUAUCGUGCCAUGGAUGGGCAUACGUCUGGAAACAUCAUAAAUGACUAUACUUUGGAUAAGAAGUUAGUCUCAGGAUAUUUCAAGUUCAUCGGAGUGUUGACCCAAUCUUCCAAUGGUAUCCAAGUCCUUAAACGUUGGAACUUUUUCACGGUAUUCUACAAAAUGUUCCAAGCAGACUCUCCGAUAUCGGUUAGGUUCCUGCAGCUGACACUACCGGAGCUUGACUUGAAAUACUCUGGACAUUGUAAGACGAUAGUUGGUAAGGCGCUUGUGAUCCCAAACGAAGAAAUCAGAAUUAAAGCCACUGAGAAUUUGGGCGAAAAGCUGAUGGAGCUAUCUAAGUUCAACAGAAAUAUUGAUGACGUUGGAAUGAUUGAUGAAAGAACAAAUUUACAAAGAUAUGUCAUGGAUAUGCUGACAAGACAGCUUUACGACCUCAGUCCCAAGGUUGUGGCCGCUGCAGACCAGUCUUUAUACGAUUGUAUGAUGGUAGAUGAAUGUUCUCAGGAGAUUAUUUCAUCACUUAAGACCUCGCUCAAGCAAAUGGUCUUUAUUCGCUCACCUUUACUAUUUGAAUUGCUGGGCACUCCUCAUGGAUUCCAACUCCUAAAUGAGAUUAAUUUCAUUGAAGCUGAAAGAAAAUCAUGGCUUGAGUCGAAAAACAAAGAGUACGUUCUAUUAGCCGAGGACUUUUUAACAGCGAACCAAUAUACCACGUUCCACGCAAGGUCAAGAGAAAUUGGCCAGAACGAACGCUUACCGCAGCAUUUUUAUGGUAGUCUCGCCAAGACGGAAGACGGAAUAGCAUUGAUUGGGAAAAGCGGCGACCUACUGUAUUUCAUUAAUACCAUCAAGAGAUACACCAAUGAUUUGAACACUCAAACUUUCGAGAACGGGGACGAGAUCUUAGAGCUAAAAUCUGCAAUAUGGUGCGUAGGCUACAUUGGAUCCACCGAGUUGGGAGUUGGAUUGCUGGAUAAUUAUGAGCUGGUUGAAGAAUUGACUCAAAUAGCUUAUGGUGCCAGUGAGACCAUGGUAAGAUUCACAGCAUUUUCCGCACUCGGAUUAUUGAGCAAGACCCUCGAAGGAUGCGAGAUUCUCGACGAGACAGGUUGGACUUGUUGCUGCAACGUCCAGGGAACCCCAAUAGGCAUAUCACUGCCCAAGAGGCUUGACAAGUUACUGUCAUUCAGUGAGAAGCCGUGGUCAAUGCAAGGUGAAUACAAGGAAGAAAUGAUUGAAUUUGACUCGCGACAUGGCGAGCUUGUAGGAGAGGUGCAACCGAUCAAAUUAAACCUCGAAUUACUGCUAACAGAGAAGAAUAAAAUCGAAAACCCUCUCGAUGAUGACACUUAUGCUGGGGACUCAAUUAGAGAAGCUGAACACUAUUUUACGGCAGAGCAAGCGGGCACCAUAUCCAAAAACUACGAAACCGAAGAGGAGAAAGUCCUUGACGAGAUAUUAGAGACUGUGAGCCAAUUGGGCAACCACAUCCUCUCCAACAACGCGAUCAACGGUAUCACAGAGAUGAACAACAAAUACGGGCCCAAGCUCUUUGAAAGCGAAAUCAUCUUUCUCAAGAUCAUGGACAUGAUGGCCAAGUACAGAUUUAAACCACACGUUCGUAAAUUUUUGUGCGAUCUAUUCAUCAACAAGAAGGCCCUGGAAAACGUAAUACGGCGUGAUAGAAAGAGAAACUAA